CUUGUACACGAUGCCAGCCUUGUAAAGCAAGUUAUUGUUUUUGAAGCACGAUCCGUACAGUAAACGAGUCGACUGUCUUUAGAUAUGCACGUAAAUGAAUCGUGCAUGAAUACGACUAAAAAUUUGUGACAAUAUUCAGAGCGGAAAAUACAGUCUCGGAAUGGACUGAGUUGCUUUAAAUUUGGAGAAGUCAUCUUGAAUCGCAUGCGCGAAGAUAACCGCCGAUUAGAAGUGUGACGUGUUUUUUAUAUGCUGUUUAUCAAUUACUGAUGAUUGAUCCAUAUGCGAUUUGAAAUGAAUGUCUAAGGAUUCGUCAAAAGCUAGUGUGUGAUAAAUGUCCCGUGAUAAAUUUCAGACGACGAUAACGACUGAUUAACACUGGAAAAAAAAGAAGAGGAUCAUAGUGAAGUGUGCCGUUUGACAGCUGGCGAUAAGUUUUCUUAGCGAAAUUUAUACCUAUGAAACGAUGGACGAACCUUCAGCGCAAAACUGCUGUUAAAUAAUAGACCUGAGGUCAUAUCGAUGCGAAACGUGAAACUGCUGGCUCGCGUAAUGUGGGUUUGAAAUUUUGUGGAGUUUCAGUUUCGAGGUUAUGUUUACGCUUCGCGACACUGUUUCCAGACUACCCCGUAAUAACAAGAAUAUGCCGAAAUCUAACAUUAAGUAUGAAAUCGCUAACCAGGAACCCGAUGUCCCCGACUACUUUUUACAGCACGAUACGCAAUUCAAAAAUACACCGACAAAACACCUGUCCUUCUGGUGGGGAAUCCUCCUUACAUCCCUUCUCAUUCUUUUAUACUUUGUUCUCUCGGUAGGACUCAGCUUUUAUCAACAAUGGUUACUUAAGUCAUGGGAUUUUCAUUACCCACUGGGCGUAGUUCUCUGUCACUUGUUUGUAAAGUUCCUACUUUCCGCGCUGGUGCGAUGUGUCCUAGAGUGCAAAACUGGGCAGCGGAGGGUCAGAUUAUCUUGGCAGAAUAUGCUGAUCUACGUUGCGCCACCAGGUAUAGCGAGCGGCCAUGAUAUUGGCUUUUCAAAUUGGGCUCUGGAGCUACUCACCAUGUCGGUGUACACAAUGACUAAGUCAACGACGAUCAUUUUCAUUCUUGGUUUUGCACUCUUAUUCAAACUUGAAAGAAAGUCAUGGUCCUUGGUGGGAACCGUUGUAAUGAUAUCAGGAGGUCUGGCAAUGUUCACAUAUAAAUCGGCAAAGCUCGAUAGCCUUGGAUUAGUUUUUGCUUUGCUAGCGUCAUUCUCAAGCGGACUUCGUUGGACAAUGGCGCAGCUUGUUAUGCAAAAGUCCAAACUUGGCCUUGGAAAUCCAAUAGAUAUGAUGUAUCAUAUGCAACCUUGGAUGUUUAUAUCUAUAAUACCCGUGGCAUUAUGGUUUGAGGGGACCACAAUAAAAAAUGGUUUGGCGAACACGAACUGGACCAACACUGGAUCUGUGUUAGUAACCAUUGCCGCUGUGCUUGGUGGAGCUAUCAUAGCAUUUUGCAUGGAACUCGCUGAGUACAUGGUCGUUACACGUACCUCUAGCCUAACGCUAUCCAUAUCUGGAAUAUUUAAGGAAAUCUGCACGUUAGUCCUAGCGUUCGAGUGGAAAGGGGACGAAAUGAGUAGCCUUAAUUUCGUGGGCCUGCUGUUGUGCCUUGGCGGAAUAAUCCUUCAUUCUUUUCAAAAAUUUCGAAUGACCAGAAAAGAUAAAAUUGAAGAUCUUGAGCUGGAGCAUAACUCUAUGUUAAAUAACCAUACCAAAUCCGAUGAUGGAUUUGACACUAAUUUACCGCUACUGUCAACACAGAAAUCAACUUCGUUGACAAAUUUACUCAACGAAUUUUUCAGUUCGGAUGAAGACGAAAAUAAAAACGAGGAGAGCUCAUCGCAGGUCCUCUUUAAUAUUUUACAUCGCAGGGAACAGUGAUUUGUAUUGACGACGUAAUAAUGAUAAGGCAUAUUAUUACCAACUUUAAAAACUGUGUUAUAUUGCCAAGACGUAAACUCCCAAUCUAAUCAUUUUCAAAUCCUAGCUAAAUUCCAACUGUAUUGGAAUUUCUUAGUUAGAUUUUUAGAAUUGCAAAUCAUCUUUCUGCAAUGGCUUAGUUCGUAGCUCAUUUUUUUACUUUUAGAUUCCAUGUACAUGAAUGGAAAUUAUCGCUGUAUAUUUUUUACUGAUAAUUUUUAGCCUUUGAAAGGUUUUAAUAAAUUAUUACUAUACAUAUAAUACUUUCCUACGCCUAGGAAUUUGAUAUGUAAUAUCGUUUUGUAUAUUCAGACUGGAUGGCAUAAAAUUAAUGAUUCAUACCUGCUUGCCAUUACACAGUAAUGCACAUUAAUGACAAGUCAGUUAAGUUAAUUCGGGUCUGCCUUGCGGAUUUCAAAUACCCCACUGUAUGAUCUGUCUGUGCGUUAAUAACGAGUCGCGAAUUUUUCCAGUAAUCACUUUAUUACCUUUGUUAAAAUUUUAAUAACUACCGUAAAAAGACUGGAUAAAUUUCACGAACAAAGAUCAUUUACACUGUCAUUUUUUACCCAUGCCGCCACAGUGUCUAACAUUUCACUCGAAAUAUAUUCUAUUUAAAAGAAUGGUUUCCUAUUUUAUACCGUACAUAGAAUAUGAGUGUGAUUUAUUGAUAAACAAAGUUUUUGAAUAAAAUGAUAUACAUUAUAUUUCGUAUAAUGUUACAAUAUUAAAAAACAUUCCAAUGUAGCUAUCACUAGCAUGCAUCACUAGGUGAACACAAUGCGUAUUGUUUGACGAAGCCCGCUCGUUUGUGACUAGAUAAUAAGGCCAUAGAAUAAUAAUGUUUUUCUGUUGCAUUUAUGAUAACCAGUAUUAUUAUGAUUGGUUUUGCUUUAUAAUCAAGUGAGUGAUACUUACGUGUAUAAUUCUAUAUAAAUUAUGUUCUUCAAGUUCUGAUCAGGGCGAUAGUGAUAGAUUCGCAUUAAUUGAAAAUGUAUUACAUUAUACAUCACGGUAAAAAAGAACCGCGUCUCAACUUGCAAUUUUUCAACAGAAGAUAAUAAAUAUUUUCUGAAGCUAAAAUAGCAUAUCAGUGAUUAGCAACGUACUUACAAUAAAAACAUUGCAACUCGAUUGCUUCUAGAAUGUCUAAUACAUUUUGAUGCAGUUUUAUAAAAAAUAAGCAUGCAUAUUUUUCCAAUUGGAAGAAAAUUUGAAAGAACUGGAUCAUGUACCGUCAAUAUUUAAAAUUUAUCAUUACACGUUACCUAUAACAUUUGUGAAUAUGACUAAAAAACCAUUCUCAACACGAACACAUCUUUAUUACGGAACGAUCUGAUGGCAUUGAUCUCUCGACUUUUAAUAAGUAUAAUAAUAUAAGACAAAUAAACUCCCAAUAAUAAUGAAAACCCCUUUUGUUCUCAAUGAGCACUUCCAAUCAGCACAGAUAGUUAUUCGUUCUUUGUAAAACAAUCGGAACGACCAGAACAUUAUCUCGAAAUAUGGUCAUACAUUUUCAUACCCUUUGUAUAUACCUACAGUUAGAUACACGAGUGAGUACCUUUUACUUCAAAAUUCAGUUUCAUUCUUACUUUUAACUGAUGGGAAAUUCAAACAAGUUUUAGAACGUGAAUAAAAUGUGCAGUAGUUUUAUUCCAAACAGUAAAUAAUUUAUAUUACGUACUGAAUAAAGUUUAAACUAAAUAUACUGAAUUUGGAAAAUGAAAAUCCAUACAAAUAUAGAAAUAACAAAGUUUCUUUGAACGGGUAGAAAAUAUAUAAAAUUUAUAUCAGAUAUUUCACUGCUUAUGUACACAAAUUGGUACUGUAAGUUUCUCAGCGAAUUCGUUUUUUUCUUUCCAAUUACACAAUGACGUUAAUAAUUACAGAAAUAUAAAUUUUCUAAUCGACAAAAAACUCCUAUACGCGUAUCGACAUCAAUUUGGCACUCAAUAACUAUACAGAGAAAGCCUCGUCACUUUUUUUUUGCACUAAUUAUAGCAUCACGUAUAAAUUCAUCAAAUUUGGUUGUAAUUUAAUACAUUAAGGAACUACAACUAUCGUUUUGAUUAACCGUUAUAAAUUUCAGUAUUACAGUUGGAUAAAUUCGGACUACUUAGGUAUGGACGAGAAAGAAAAUUUCUGCUCCUUUUCACCCGUUAUUAUUUGUUACGUAAAGACUGAUCUACAAUAUACUAAUUCCCUACAGUAUUUUAACUCGAAUAAUUUGACUUUAUCGUGUGAGUAGCAUAACGACACACUAAUUUAUAAAUAUAUCAAAUUAAAAUAUGACUACAAAAACGGAGACACUUCAGUCAAACAUGAAAGUUGAGAAAUUAAAUACAUCAAUUUUAUCAUUAAUUUAAUUUUCUCCCUCUCAAUAGAGUUAUUUAUAAAUUGUUGAACUUUAGUACUACACGAUCGUUCAGAUGAAAAA